GGCAGCAUAAGGAGAGUAAAGUAGAGAAAGGAAGGAACUACUUGUGAGAGAACUCUGAGGCACAGCCAUGGCUCCUGGUUUACUCUGCUGCAUCCUCCUGCUGCUGUUCUUUCAAAGCAAUGCUGAGCACUAUUUGACGGUACGUCCUGGGAAUACAGUGGUGUCUGUGGGAUCCUCAAUACAACUGAACUGCUCAAUCAAUUGUCCUUUGGGUAACGUAGAGUGGAAAGGGCUUGACAAUGCUGAUAAUGGACAAUAUAGUGCUCCUGGAUACAGUGUCCAGACCUUAAAAAAUAUAAGUAUCCCCAUGGAAGGCACCAGGAUCUGUGUGGGGUCCUGUCCUGGCAGCUCCAAGCGUUACCAGAAAACAGUGCAACUCGAUGUAUAUGCUUUACCAAAAACGUUGCUCCUAAGCAACACCAUGAAAAAUGGCGUCCGUUAUCUGAACUGCCUAGUAGAGCGUGUGUAUCCUCUACCUGACAUCAUCUGCUACAGAGGACCCAAAAUAUUGGGAGAACCGAUUGACACAAAUGAGAUUCCUGAUGUGGAUGACCUACAUAAUGUAACAUGGAGCUGGGAAAUCCCUGAGGAGGACUGGAUUCCAGGGACCUUAUACAGAUGUGAGGCACAAGUGUCUCUAAUGAAUGAAGUGUUGACAAGAGAAGGAACCUUGUAUAUAUCAAGCAAAGUAGAGACCACCAGUGCAGUCCCGGCUUCUUCCAUCUCCCAAAUCACAUCUACCCCAUCAUGGAAGCCUGAGACACCUUAUGUGACAACCACCACUAGCACAUCUCCAAAUCCUCAUACCAUCCAGGGGAGUACUACAACUGUAAGUCACCCGUGGACCAUUUCUGGAGAAUAUACAAGGAAUGCUACAAUCAGUAGAGUCACCAUCCAGAGCACACGGCCUGCUCCAUCAACGGCUCCUGCCAAACCCACUGACAUAGUAGAGACCACCAGUGCAGUCCCGGCUUCUUCCAUCUCCCAAAUCACAUCUACCCCAUCAUGGAAGCCUGAGACACCUUAUGUGACAACCACUACUAGCACAUCUCCAAAUCCUCAUACCAUACAGGGGAGUACUACAACUGUAAGUUCCCCGUGGACCAUUCCUGGAGAAUAUACAAGGAAUGCUACAAUCAGUAGAGUCACCAUCCAGAGCACACGGCCUGCUCCAUCAACGGCUCCUGCCAAACCCACUGACAUAGAUGUCCUUUAUCUUACGUGGACAAUUCUUCCAGCUAUAGGUGUGGUUGGGAGCUUUGUACUUUCUCUACAAAUCUAUAGACAUCUGAACAAGAAAGGAUUCUUUGAACCCAAUCAUAUGGAAUUUUCAAAAGUCAAAGAAGACAUCCAAUCCCAAGGAAGCUUGCAGGCAGUACUAUCUUAUGAUAGAUCAACCAAGAAGGAGUUUUCCAUGUGCUAAUUGAUUUUUGCUGUCAGAAAACCUAUAGAGGUCUACUGAUCCAAACUGUGAUUAACCUAAGGUACGGGCAGCAACUACUGAGACGAAUAAUUUUAUUUGACGUGAAUGUAAAAUACUUGUAAUAUAAAGAAUAUAUAUUUAUAUAUAAGAAUGUCCAUAUAUUAGUAUAGACUCCUUAUUUCAUGUAAAAUAGACACAGGAAAGUCCCCUCUGGACAUCAGGGACAUGGGAUGUGGUAUCCUCUCUGGGCAUUAGGACAUGGGACAUGGUAUCCUCUCUGGGAAUUAGGACAUGGGAUGUGGUAUCCUCUCUGGGCAUUAGGACAUGGUACCCUCUCUAGGCAUUAGGACAUGGGAUGUGGUAUCCCCUCUGGGCAUUAGGACAUGGGACGUGGUAUCCUCUCUGGGAAUUAGGACAUGGGAUGUGGUAUCCCCUCUGGGCAUUAGGACAUGGUACCCUCUCUAGGCAUUAGGACAUGGGAUGUGGUAUCCUCUGUGGGCAUUAGGACAUGGGAUGUGGUAUCCUCUCUGAGCAUUAGGACAUGGGAUGUGGUAUCCCCUCUGGGCAUUAGGAAAUGGGACGUGGUAUCCUCUCUAGGCAUUAAGACAUGGGCUGUCGUAUCCCCUGUGGGCAUGGAAUGUUGUAUCCUGGAAUUGGAGAAGCACAAAUAGCCCGUAAAGUUGUCAUGGUUGACCUGGAUUGAUAUCUGACCAAAAACAUAGAGUUUGUAUGUUCUAUUCAUGUUUGCGUGUGUUUUACUGAAUGCACCAGAUUAUUUCAGCGAUCAAAAAACUGACUGAUAGGUUAGGUUCUGUUUACAUCUGCUUUGGAGACACCAUUUUGAAUCUUCAUUGCAGGAUUCCAUCAUAUUUGCAAAAAAAAAUAAAAAAUUGUAUACCAUGCAGCAUUACUUUUUCCAGGGAAAUGGGGCCUGUUAGUAUCAGUCUUGUGAAGGAUCCAUUACAUCUUGAAUUACAUCUUUCUCGUGUGCAUGUUAGAUAGGAAUUCAGUUGUGACUGACUAAAUAAUGUGAGUUGAUCCGGUCUGUAUACAUUACUAUGGAAUAUGUUGCUACUCUAAAAAUAAAGUGAAAAAUCUAACUUAUUUACUAGUGCUAUUACUACUAAACUAAUACUGUUUUAUCUGUUUUCUCCAAUAUUCCUCAUUAAAGGGGUUGUCCAGCCGUUACUAUUGAUGACCUAUUGUCAUCAAUACCGCCAGAGCAGUAGCAUGAAGCUCCUGGUACCCAUGUAACAGAGCAAUCCCCUAGCGUGUCCGUUAGUAUUGCCAGUGUCUUCUCAUGUGGCAGUGGAGUCUUGGGGCACAUAAUAUCAGUGAAUUCUCAUUUCUCCUAUUCAUUCUACAGAAAUAAGUGUUUGAAAAAAAGUCAUAAUUCACUGAAAUGUCACACAACACAUUUUGAUUGCCUGAAAAAAUAAAAAAGACAUACUGAUUUCACUUUA